AUGAACAUCGAAGAUGAUGAGAACGAAGAGAAAAAAGAAACUUGCUUAUCAUACAUUAAGAAAAUAAAUAUGUCAGAAAUAAUAAAUGAUGAAGCAAUAGGUAAGCGAGCUGAAUAUUUAUGGAAUUUAGCAUUAUCUACAGUGUAUAUAAAUGUAAAAUUAUCUAUGAAGUAUAUUGCCUUAAUAAAAAAAAUAACAAAAAAUAAUUUAUUAUUUGAUAAUAUAUGUUGUCAUUAUUGUAAUUUAAUAUAUAUUCCAUUUUAUAAUUGUAAGAUCACACAUAGUCCGAAUCAAGGGAAAGUAACUUAUACGUGUUUACUUUGUAAACGUAAAAAAAAAAUAAAUUUACAACAUUUAAGCAAACAUAAAAACAUUUAUCCUCUUAAACAUAGUGACAAGCAAAAACCAUCCAUCAGUAAUUUGUCAAACGUUAAUUUCUUCUUAAUUAAUGAAAUUGAUAAUUAUGAAAUAAAAAAGAAUAAUGUUCCUUUUAAUAAGGAUGACACAAGUAAUACUGGAAACCAAUUGAGGGAAAAAGAUGAAAAUAAAAAUGAAGAUAUUGUUAAAAAUAUUGAUUGUGCAGAAAUGCAAAAGGAGGAACAUAUUAUUGACAAGGAUAAUAUUAUUAACCAAUACAAUAUUAUAAACCAAGACAAUAUUAUAAACCAAGAAAAUAUUAUUAACCAAGACAAUAUUAUAAACCAAGAAAAUAUUAUUAACCAAGAAAAUAUUAUUAACCAAGAAAAUAUUAUUAACCAAGACAAUAUGUACCAAAACCUAUCCUAUUUAUUUAGAAUCGAUUAUGGAAUAAAUAAAGAUGAUACUCAAAAAUGUAAUAAAAUUUCUGAUCAAUCCGUUGUGAAUGAAAGUGAAAAAUGUAAAACUGCCCAUAUUGAGAAUAUAAAAAAUGAUGAUAAAAUGAAUAUGAACAGUGAAGGUAAACAUGUGAAAAAUGAAAGAAAACGAAAAUCUCAAAAUAACAAUAUAGUACAAAAUAAAAAUCAGGGUUUUCCAAAUUUGAAUACGAAUGAUGGCUUUUUAAAUUUUAAUAAAUCAAAAAAAAAAAAAAAAGGAAAAAAUAUAUUAGAUAUACUAUAA